GUGUAAGGACAACCUUUGGUCCUAGCCCCUAACACCUAGAGAGAUAUCGGGUUUGUUUCAUGUAUCCCCAGCAAAGCUUGCUAAUUGGCACUCAUGUCGGCGGCUUUGUGAUCGAUACACAUGCGGCAUCACCCGUGACGUUCGCGGUCACUAUAUUGUACCGAACAUCUUAUCGAAAAGGGGAUACAUAUGCUUGUGGAGUGAGGGUCACACAACGACGAACCCCACCUUCGCCUGAAUCGACAGGACAUCACCAAGCCAUGAACGGUGCACUGAUGGCUCAUUUCUCCAACGCUGGAGGGAUUGGGAUCAUCGUGGGUGGAACGCUGCUGUCGAGAAUGAUAAUGGUAUUCACUGGGCACCGGAGCAUUCCACCUGACGUCAACACAACCAGCUUACCGCAAGUUUUAUAACAAAGAUAAAAUGCUCCUGUUCCUCUAUCCAUGCACCCCUUGUCGAUCCUUGAUAACAGUGGAUACCCACAUCUUUGGGCUUUCUUCCAGAUCGGCACGCCAAGGAGGAUUCCACUAGUCACUGACAGCACCCUCGCGCUGACCCAAUUAUGAAUCGUAUUCAUUUAGAUCAUCUCCUCACCCGGUCCUCUGCUGUGGUCUCUACUACGGAUGGGCCCUGGCACCGAUUCUCUAAUCGCUCGCCAUUUAAUACGUCCCCCUACCCAAGUCUUGAGUUCACAUCUUUUUCUAUUCGUUAACCCACAUGGAUUAUUUGCCAUAGAAGUGUGCUCUCGACGAGAAUUGAGGUUGAGCAUCCCGACUCCCCUUGAACUUAUCCGGGAUCCAUAGGUGCAGG